UGACCCAUUCCAGGAGCUGGUUCCUCUCUCGGAUGCGCAGACUUUGGGGAAGUGUCUGGCUCCAAGGGACGGACGAUCACAGAUAUUUGUAAGAGCUCAGUUGCUAUUUAGGUAGCCCAUUGAAGGAGCAGAUUCACCUGGCAGCAGCAUCCUGUUACACCCAGCAUGGAGCUCAGCGUCCUCUUCCAUCUCCUGGCUUCUCUCCAGAUCCUUCCCCAGCUGGCGUCACCUGCAGCCCCCCUGCAAGCCCCAAGGGUCAUCAUGGACCCCCAGCACCCUGUGUAUUUCCCGGGGGAGCGUCUCACCCUCAGAUGCUUGGCCCCUGGCGGGGAGGCCGUGAGCAGCUACCAGUUCUACAAUCAGCGUGGGGAGCGAGUCUUCACGGAAACCACCAGCCUGUCCGGGGGGCCCUGGCUGGUCCUGACGGCUGAGACAGGGAAGGCCGGGGCGUACAGCUGUGAGUACUGGGCAGUGAGAGACGGGAGGCCCAUCUACUCUGCACGAAGCCAGCCUCUCCUGGUACCAGUGAUGGAUUUCCCUCUUGCGCCAUCCAUCUCUGCGAUUUCUGAUUCCUCCGGGAAGAGCCCUGUUACCAUCGUAUGCUCAGCCCCUCAGGGACAUGUGGCUAAAAGGUACCAGUUCCUGAGGCAGGGGAAUGUCAUUGUCUCACAGUCGGGUGCCCGUCUCCAGCUCCGUCAAUCUGAUUUGGACGCUACCGGCCCUUACACCUGCAGCUAUGAGGUCAAUGUCUCAGGGAGAAUGAUCCAGUCACUACCGAGUGACCCCCUCUCAAUCCAUCUGACAGGGCCUUCCGUGCUCCCGGAAACCUUUCGGCCAACUCUGCAGCUGUCACCAACGGGUCCUGAGUUCACCACCGGAGAUUCUGUUACCCUGACGUGCUCAGCUCCCAGCUGGGAGAAGAAGAUGGGGUUCUGCUUCCUCAAGGCCGGGGCACAAGUGGCAUGCACAAGACAGGCGCUGGAGGACUCUCAGAGUUACCAGAUUGGCAGACUCAGCAUGGAGGAUUCUGGUUCAUACACCUGUAUGUACCGGGUAGCUGAACCUGGGCAGGAGAUCUCCUCCCUAGAGAGCCAGCCCAUCUCCAUCACAGUCACAGCUCCUCCACUGGCCCCCCAACUCUCUCUGCAUCCCAAGCUCCCCAUGUACCUGCCCGGGGAGAAGGUCACCCUCACCUGCUCAGUCCCCCACGGCAAGGAGGUGGCGGGGUUCAGGUUCCACCAGCACAGAGGGGAUCAGACCCCUGAAGAGCUGCCAGCUGCCAGCGGGGGGCCCUGGAUGGAGCUCAUGGCGCAGAUGGGGAAUGACGGCUCCUACACCUGUCAGUACUGGAGACGGGAGGCCGGGCAGGAGAUUGUAUCUGAGAACAGUAACAGCAUCACUGUACCAGUGUCAGAUCCACCUCCACAGCCAGAGCUGAGUGUGGAUCCCCCAUCCGGAGUGGUGGGCGAAGGGCUCCCCCUGCUCAUCACCUGCAUGGCCCCUGAGGAUGCCAGCGAGCGGAGGUUUCAUUUCUACAAGGAUGGAGCCGAACUCAUCCCCAGGGACGUGGGUUCUGAGAUCAGCACUGGCACCAGCUCUAUGAAUGUCUCUGUGGUCAGCAUCCCACAGGGCGGUCCCAAGAGCUUCGCGGAAUUCACCUGUGGGUACAAGAAGAAUAUUAGCGGAAGGUGGAUCCUCUCCCACAGGAGCCGGGCUGUGAAUGUCACUGUGACAGCGAAGGCUUCUCCAGGCUCCAUUCAGGCCUGGCCUCCGUGGAUCCCCCAGGUGGCCGGAUGCAUCGGGGCCGCAGCUCUGCUCCCCCUGCUGCUUCUCCUCAUCUGCCACUGCAGGAGAAGGAAAGGUGGUGUCGUGGCAGAGACACAGCCCCUGUAUGUCAACAGACAUCCCAGGGCCGGCACAGCUCUGCAGCAACGAAGCCGUGAUGGGCAGGUCCAGCCGGUGACCCACAACCAGCCAGCGCGGCCCAACAGCCCUGGAGAGAAGCCCGUAGUGGGUCGAAACCCCCAGGAACGGGGCAAGAGAGAAGAGGAUGCAGAUGCCAGGGCGAUCAAUACCGUCUAUUCCAUGCUGUGUCCCCCUAGUGCCGUGGCCCAGCAGAGGGGAGGAAAGGAAGUCUCAGAGGCUGUGGUGUACAGCGAAAUCCCAUUUGGAGCCUUCAACCUCCAGCUUUCUGGAACUGGAGUCCAGGAGCUGUGAUAAAAACUGUGAGCCCCCUGAACAGUGGCUGGAGGCAGAGGACUUCGCUGUCGCCUACACGAUCACCCCGAUGCCCAGCUCCGCCGCCCCUCCAGUGCCAUCGUCGGUGAAAUGAACUGAAGCCGGGAGGAGCAAACAGGGCCAUGUGUACAGAGGUGUUACCCUGACACCUCCAGCGAGAACCUCAGUGAAGAGAGGGGGUGUCAGGAAUUCCCUUUCACCAGACGGUUGGACGUUUUGACACUUGGUUUCAUUUCUCUUCAGAGUGAAAACUAGAGCUGUCAAAAUCCACCCGAAAGCGCCCAGCACUCGCCCAGAUACGGGAGAGCCACGUUCUCCAAAUCAAGCUGAAGAAAGACUAUUAGUUCUACAAAGUGGAACCGCCCCCAGCAGAAGAGAUCAGAGCCAGGGGGGUUAGAGCCAUGAUCUGGGAGAUACAAGUUCAAAUCCCAGCUCCACUUGACUGGGAGCAAGACUGUUGAACCUCUUAAGAGCAGACUUUUCCAUGGUUCGGUCGACAUGAGCUGCCUUGCACAAACCUAACUCUGCUCUGUAGACCAGGCCUCAGAUAUGGGCUGUAGUUGGCCAUAGACAGAGACACAGGGUUUAAGGCCCAAAAGGGUCCAUCAUGGGCCACUAAGCAGCACCUAGCUGCCCCAUAACAAGCCCACGCACCAGAAUUAGACCCAAUUAGACCCAGCCCUCAAGAAACUGAACUAUGCGAGCCAGUCUCAGAAGAGGCGGGGGCCGCGCACCGAUUGAGUGAGAUAUACAAGAGGAGCCAGAAAGACCCUACAACCUUAGAAAGUACAAAGCAGAAUGGCCUGGAGAUGGGGGCUCUUUGAACAAGCAGAUCUGGGCAUGUGUUGAGGGACAUUGUCUGGUUCCAAUGCCAGCCUCUGAACUGCCCAGAAAACCUGCCAUCAGAGACACGACUGCAGGGAAAACACACAGCCCCUUUGGGACUGUCAAGGUUCCUUCCCCACUCUGAGCUCUAGGGUACAGAUGUGGGGACCUGCAUGAAAACCUCCUAAGUUUACUUUUACCAGCUUAGGUUAAAACUUCCCCAAGGAACAAACUGUUUUACCUUUUGCCCUUGGACUUUCGCUGCCACCACCAAACGUCUAAACAGUAUUAUUAGGAAAGAGUCCGUUUGGAAACAUCUUUGCCCCCAAAAUCCGCCCAAACGUUACACCCCCCUUUCCUGGGGAAGGUUUGAUAAAAAUCCUCACCAAUUUGCAUAGGUGAACACAGACCCAAACCCUUGGGACUUAAGAACA